AUGGACCGAAAUACUCCCUUAUCAUAUGCUCCUACUUCUACCACUGCAUAUUCAACGUCAGACAACAGCAAUGUCAAUUAUCACCAGGAAAUCUCCAAGAAUCAACUUCUGAAGAACUCUAUCCAACGUUCAGUAUAUGAAGCCUUUGCAGAGAUUUACUCCAUCGUUACCGUCUUGGAAAUGAUUGAAAAUGCCUUUGUUAAAGACUUUGUUACCGAUAAAGAAAAGUAUACCAAUACAUCUCUUCGACUUAUAAACCAAUAUCAAAUACUAAGUAAAGGGAUCCUUGAAGACCCUCAGAAGCUUGAAUAUGCUAAAGCAGAUUUGAUAACUCCCCUGGCAAAUUUACCAAUUGAUCUCGGCGUUGACUUCCCUGAUUUGUUCUGCAUCAAGUACAAUUUGACAUCCUGUUCGCAUGCGGUGAAGAGACUUAAGACUGGUGUCCCCCUGACUAUAGAACAUUUGUCUGUACAAUUAUCGCAUGCGGGAACUGGAACCACUACUAACGGUGGGGCACCCACUGGGGCAGCUAACUCCACUGGAAGUGCCCGUUUGGUAGCUGAGAUCACGGGGAGUUUCAUUACAAUUAUGGAUGCACUCAAACUCAACUACAAGACCAAAGAACAGUUACAUCCCUUGUUAAGUGACUUGGUUGUUGGACUUAAUGAUCUAGUUAAUAACGAACAAGCAUUGGAGUUCCAUGGCAAGUCCAAACUCGUAGGAUGGUUAAUUAAAUUGAAUAAUCUAAACGAUAGUGAGCUCACAGAAGAAGAGAUCAGUCAGUUUCUAGAUGACUUAGAUAUAGCCUAUAAAGGGUUCUAUACAUCAUUAUCAUAA